AUGCAUCUUUUUACGCCUUUUCCUAAGAAAACAUUUCCUUUGCUUCCGUUCCUCCUAUAUCUAUCAACCACCAUUGUAGCUCAGCCUUUGGAUGACACAUCCUCUGGAAUUGGUCCACGUGGCUCUUGUUUGUCCUGCAUUUACGGUAGUGACGGAGACGAAGAUUGUGACGGUCUACCAUUGAACGCUAUCCAGGAUGGGCCAACAACCGACGAAUCGGCAGGUUUAGGCUUUGAAUUCGAAACUUCGUCAAUCCGAUUCCAAUCAGAUCAUUGUAAUUACGAGGACACGCACCAGGCAAAGGGGAAAAUGGUCAAUGGACGGAGUGGAAUAAACUGGAAGCUAACUGCAGAUUUUUUGGAUAUAGGGGUGCUUUCGGCGGAGUAUAUUUUGGAUGGUACACAGAUUAAGAUUGGAGCUAGCACUGCGGAGGCAGCUGCGAAGGCUGUUGCAGAUGAUAUCAUUUCAUGGAACCCGUUUGCUGAUAUGACUGACAACAAAGUAUCCAUUACCGGCAAUCUUUGCAACCCUUGGACUAUUUUUGGUGGAGGUACUGCGGGUGAAGUUGCGACAAUCCAAUGGUCGCCGCAAGUCACUGCCCCUAUGCCACUUCAAGCCAUUUACGAACUCUUUGGUCAGCGAACAGGCUCGAUCCUGUUGCCGAAGCCAACACACGCCAACCAAAAUAUGGUUAUGGUGACCAAGAAAUUCUUCCAGUCUAAUCCCAAUGGCAUGUCAUCGAAUGAUAUUCAGGAAGAUGUGUUAGGUUUCUUCUCAAUAAUUAUGACAUACGCUAAAGCGGCCGAUAAACUUGACGAAUCGGGUCCUAAGGCCCUUAUGUCAAUCAUGCCUCGGACUGAAUUCUCUACCAUAUUCAAGCUGGUCAAGUCACGAGUUAAGGGUGACCUCUACGAGAUUGUGAAAGUCCUUGCCUGCUAUAAAAGUAACGAGAAUGAUGUUGACCUCGAUUCUCACUACUGCUCAGGAACCGUUGAGAGUCCGACGCCGAAUGGCCAAAUGGAUAAACAGAGCUUUACACUUGUUAUGGAUGACAAAGGCAAACAGGACAGCGCUUCGGUAAAGGACUGGAUGGACAGUAUUCAGGCUGGGAUUUCGCCGGACAGGCUGACCGAAGUUGAUGAAGUUCGGAACAGCCAGGUCGGGGGCCUGGGAAAGGCACUGGAAAAUCUUCUUGACAGCUCACAAGCAGCUCCGCUUUUUGAGUUUAGACGCCUUGCGAAAAUUACUGCAUCUGAUCUGAGUGACUUCGCUAGUAAGGUAGAGAGUGCGGUCAUCGAUUUUCACAAGAAAUAUAAAUAA